UUCAAGUACCUAGCUGCAAGUUGUGAGAGCCUCCAACUCCCAGCUUGCAAACGACACUCUCUUGACGGCCACCAUGUCGGCCAAUUCCCUUGAUCUUCUCGCCAGCGGCGGCAAGGCAAGGAACACCCGCACUUUGCUGCGGGUGGUCAUCCUCUGCUUUAUCGCCGCCGCCGCAAUUGCCAGCCGGCUGUUUUCGGUGAUUCGUUUCGAGAGUAUCAUUCACGAAUUCGAUCCUUGGUUCAACUUCAGAGCGACAAAGUACCUAGUAGCCAAUGGCUUUUCCAGUUUUUGGGACUGGUUUGAUGAUCGGACAUGGCAUCCUCUCGGGCGUGUCACUGGAGGAACGCUGUACCCCGGCCUGAUGGUGACCAGUGGUGUUAUCUACCACGCACUGCGAAGCCUUACGAUCCCCGUCGACAUCCGAAACAUCUGCGUCCUCCUGGCCCCGGCCUUCUCGGGCCUCACCGCCUUCGCCGCAUAUCUCCUGACCAAUGAGAUGACCACCUCCUCGUCCGCCGGUCUCCUGGCCGCUGCCUUCAUGGGCAUCUCUCCGGGCUAUAUCUCUCGGUCGGUCGCUGGCAGCUACGAUAACGAGGCCAUCGCCAUCUUCCUACUUGUCUUCACCUUCUACCUCUGGAUCAAGGCGCUGAAGCAGGGUUCCAUGCUGUGGGGUGCUCUCUGCGCCCUGUUCUACGGCUACAUGGUCGCCUCCUGGGGUGGAUAUGCCUUCAUCACCUGCCUGCUACCGCUCCACGCCUUCGCACUCAUUCUCAUGGGUCGGUACAGCACGAGGUUGUAUGUGUCAUAUAGCACUUGGUACGCUCUGGGAACACUUGCGAGCAUGCAGAUUCCUUUCGUCGGUUUCUCGCCGGUCAGGACCAGCGAACAUAUGCCAGCCCUGGGUAUCUUUGGCUUCCUGCAGCUGCUCGCGUUCCUCGACUAUGUGCGCUCAGCCAUCCCUAGCCGCCAAUUCCAGACCUUCCUGUGGCUGUUCGCCAGCGGAACCUUUGGCCUCAGCCUGCUCGCCCUCGUGCUCGCCACAAGUGCCGGGGUUAUCGCGCCUUGGAGCGGCCGAUUCUACUCACUCUGGGAUACAGCCUAUGCCAAGAUCCACAUUCCCAUCAUCGCCUCCGUCUCCGAGCAUCAGCCCACCGCCUGGCCCGCAUACUUCUUCGACCUGAACCUGCUGAUCUGGCUCUUCCCUGCUGGCGUCUACCUGUGCUUCCAGAAAUUGGCCGAUGAGCAUGUUUUCAUUGUCGUCUAUGCCCUCUUUGGCAGCUACUUCUCCGGCGUCAUGGUCCGGUUGAUGCUGACUUUGACUCCGGUUGUCUGUAUCGCCGCAGCACUUGCGGCUUCGCAGAUGCUCGAGACCUACAUGCACAGAAAAUCCCCUAACCCGGAAGAGCCUCACGCGGAGGACUCGGCCGAUGCCACUGCCAAGAAGGCUUCAAAGGGUGGCUUGAAAUCGACCAACAAGCCUGUGGUUGGCGUCUACAGCUUCCUCUCCAAGUCCGUGGUGGUUACUUCGAUGACGGUCUAUCUCUUGUUGUUCAUCUUGCACUGCACGUGGGUCACCUCGAACGCUUACUCGUCGCCGUCGGUGGUGCUUGCGAGCAAGAUGCCUGACGGCAGCCAACACAUCAUCGACGAUUACCGUGAGGCCUACCAGUGGCUCCGCCAGAACACUGCCGAUGAUGCCAAGAUCAUGUCCUGGUGGGAUUAUGGCUAUCAGAUUGGCGGCAUGGCCGACCGGCCGACGCUGGUUGACAACAACACCUGGAACAACACCCACAUCGCCACUGUUGGCAAGGCGAUGAGCUCCCGCGAAGAAGUAAGCUACCCGAUUAUGAGGCAGCACGAAGUCGACUAUGUUCUGGUGGUAUUUGGAGGCUUGCUUGGCUACUCGGGCGAUGACAUCAACAAGUUCCUGUGGAUGGUCAGAAUUGCCGAGGGUAUCUGGCCCGACGAGGUCAAGGAGCGGGACUUCUUCACCCCGCGCGGUGAAUACCGCGUUGAUGGCGAGGCGACGGAGACCAUGAAGAACAGUCUGAUGUACAAGAUGUCCUACUACAACUACAACGCCCUCUUCCCGCCUGGUCAGGCGCAGGACCGGGUGCGCGGUGUCAGGUUGCCCGACGUAGGCCCGACCCUCAACACGUUGGACGAGGCCUUCACCAGCGAGAACUGGAUCAUCCGGAUCUACAAGGUCAAGGACCUCGACAACGUCGGCCGAGACCAUGCCGCGGCGGCGGCGUUUGAGCGGGGCCACAAGAAGAAGAAGGCCAGCAAGAAGAGGGGGCCCAGAGUCCUGAGGGUAGAUUGAGUAGGGCCUAGGGAUGGUUAGACCAGAUGCUCACAGAUUAAAAAACGAGCAUGUAGAAUCUAUUUCCUUGCGUUUUGCCUGCAAAUGGAUCGGGAAAAUAAAGGAAAUGAGCCUGGAUGGUCCUUAGUGUACAAAAAAGUAAACUGCCUUGGUGUUGAGUAAGUAGGCAAAUACUGAUCUCCUUGACAAGCCCCUUCUUCGAUUGCAU